AUGAACCUCAGCGCCCAAAGAAACCACUACAACCAGGACCAAAUGGAAUUGCAAUACCAAAACCUGAGAAGAGCUACCUUAAAGGAUUUAUUAGAGCAAAGAGGCGGACAGGCCAGUAACCUCAAAAAGGGGGACAUUAUCACAUUAUUGCUGGAAAUGGAUGGAGUACCAGCAGCAGAGGGAACCAAUGGACUCAGCCCAGACGACAGAACCCCCGAAGAAGAGAGAUUUGACCGGGCGUAUAAGGAACAUACUUCCUCAAUCAGGGUUCCAUGGGGUCCUAGAGUUCCUCCAGAGGUUGCUGGGGGUUCUAUGGGCAAUGAGCAGGUCCUGCCUCUCAGGAUUACUGCGCGGUCCGAUGAGCGGUCCGAUGAGCGGUCCGAUGAGCGGUCCGAUGAGCGGUCUGAUGAGCGGCCCGUUGAGCGGUCCGGUGAGCGGUCCGAUGAGCGGCCCGAUGAGCGGCCCGACAAGCGGUCCGAUGAGCGGUCCGAUGAGCGGUCCGAUGAGCGGUCCGAUGAGCGGCCCGAUGAGCGGUCCGAUGAGCGGCCCGAUGAGCGGUCUGAUGAGCGGCCCGUUGAGCGGUCCGAUGAGCGGCCCGAUGAGCGGUCCGAUGAGCGGUCCGAUGAGCGGCCCGAUGAGCGGUCCGAUGAGCGGUCCGAUGAGCGGUCCGAUGAGCGGCCCGAUGAGCGGCCCGAUGAGCGGUCCGAUGAGCGGUCCGAUGAGCGGCCCGAUGAGCGGCCCGAUGAGCGGUCCGAUGAGCGGUCCGAUGAGCGGCCCGUUGAGCGGUCCGGUGAGCGGUCCGAUGAGCGGCCCGAUGAGCGGUCCGAUGAGCGGCCCGAUGAGCGGCCCGAUGAGCGGUCCGAUGAGCGGUCCGAUGAGCGGUCCGAUGAGCGGCCCGAUGAGCGGUCCGAUGAGCGGUCCGAUGAGCGGUCCGAUGUGCGGUCCGAUGAGCGGCCCGAUGAGCGGUCUGAUGAGCGGCCCGUUGAGCGGUCCGAUGAGCGGUCCGAUGUGCGGUCCGAUGAGCGGCCCGAUGAGCGGUCCGAUGAGCGGCCCGAUGUGCGGUCCGAUGAGCGGCCCGAUGAGCGGUCCGAUGAGCGGCCCGAUGUGCGGUCCGAUGAGCGGCCCGAUGUGCGGUCCGAUGAGCGGCCCAAUGAGCGGUCCGAUGAGCGGUCCGAUGAGCGGCCCGAUGAGCGGUCCGAUGAGCGGUCCGAUGAGCGGCCCGAUGAGCGGUCCGAUGAGCGGUCCGAUGAGCGGCCCGAUGAGCGGUCCGAUGAGCGGUCCGAUGAGCGGUCCGAUGAGCGGCCCGUUGAGCGGUCCGGUGAGCGGUCCGAUGAGCGGCCCGAUGAGCGGUCCGAUGAGCGGCCCGAUGAGCGGUCCGAUGAGCGGUCCGAUGAGCGGUCCGAUGAGCGGCCCGAUGAGCGGUCCGAUGAGCGGUCCGAUGAGCGGCCCGAUGUGCGGUCCGAUGAGCGGCCCGAUGAGCGGUCUGAUGAGCGGCCCGUUGAGCGGUCCGAUGAGCGGUCCGAUGUGCGGCCCGAUGAGCGGUCCGAUGAGCGGCCCGAUGUGCGGUCCGAUGAGCGGCCCGAUGAGCGGUCCGAUGAGCGGCCCGAUGUGCGGUCCGAUGUGCGGUCCGAUGAGCGGCCCGAUGUGCGGUCCGAUGAGCGGCCCGAUGUGCGGUCCGAUGAGCGGCCCAAUGAGCGGUCCGAUGAGCGGUCCGAUGAGCGGCCCGAUGAGCGGUCUGAUUUAUUUGGGUGA